AUGAUUCACAUAGUAGCUCUGGCGUCCAAGGUAUGGGUGCAGCACAUUCAUCAUUACUAUUCUAUUGCGAGGCAAGAUGGUUACCACAUGAGAAAUGUUAACAACGUACAUGAAUUCUCCCAUUUUCGAGAAGAAGAAAACCUACCGAAAGCCAAGAUUUUUCGAGAUGAUUUACUUCUGACAAAAUUGAGAUACUUGGUCAACAUAUUCGAGAAACUAAAUAUCUUGAACCUUCAGCUCCAAGGAGCAAAUACACAUAUAUUCGGCACGAGUGAUAAAGUCAACGCUUUUUGUAGAAAAUUGGAAUUGGCGAUCAGGAAUUUCAAGCAAAAAGAUCUGGAAAUGUAG